CACAUCCCAAAUCAUUGUGUGUCUGAACCCGAUGGGAACAUGCUGCGCUGCUUCUGCCUGUCACUGCUGGUUGUCACUGUCUCUGCAGGACAUUCAUGUACACCUUAUUUAGCGAGCCUGACGCAGUUGGAUGCUGGCAGUGGGAUGGUGAUUGGCGUCUCCGAAAGCGGACAUGUUUUUAACUGGACGGGAAACGAUUUCCUCCUGGUACCUGGAGAGCAGUUGGCACAUGUAACUGUUGGACCUGCUGGCGUCUGGGGAGUGGGCAAAAACACUGUUGUGUACAAACUGCAGGAUAAUCAAUGGAAAACAAUAGCAGGGGGGACUCUGAAGCAAGCAGAUGCUGGAGGAGAUACAUUUCUAGCUGGAGUAAACACCAAUAAUAAUGCUGUCUGCCUGGACCGGGGCUUGACUACAUCCAAGUAUACUGUCGUGAGCUUCUCUUCCAUAGAGGGGGGGAACUUCAUCUACUACAGUUGUGGCCUCCUCGGCUGCUGGGCAGUGAGCAGUGACUCCACCAACAAUGUGUUCUACCGGGAAAAUGUUGAUCAGACGGUCUGCCAGGGGAGUUCCUGGAAGCAGGUGGAAGGGACUAUGACGAAGAUUGAGGCUGGGACAGACGGAUCUGUCUUUGGUGUUGACUCAGGAGGCAACCUGUACAGAAGACAGGGGAUCUCUCGUGAUAACCCAACUGGAACCAAAUGGCUUCCCCAGAACUACCCCCUGUAUAUUAGCCAUGCUACUUAUGAUAGCGGAACACUGUGGUGUCUUACCAAUACUGGGGUGGUAUUGAAGUGUCAAGUUCCUGGCUCAGGACUAGUUUGAAAUGCUAAUUAAUAUUGGUACUCGGUAUUGUAAGAUUUUAUUCAGCCUGAGUUUGAUGUGUGUACGAAAUAAAAUAAAUUCUAUCAAACUAGGGCAAUUGCAGAACCAUUUUGGAAGACUUGGAAUUAAGGAAGACUUGAAACUUCGUCAAGGGAAUAAUCAGGGAACAUAGAAUCUCUUGUGCCACACUCAAGUGUCAGUUGGCCUUUACUGUAGAUUCUAGGUUUUUCUUUGGUCUAUGACAAUAUUGACACUUCUCAGGGUUUAACAAAAUCAUCAAACUCUUUGGGUUUAAUUAUAGAUGAAAAUGUGAUGAAAACAGUCACUCUAAUUUCUUUCCAUAUAUCCAAGGCAGUAAAUUAGCAUUUUAGAUUCAGUUUUAGAACUGUACUGCCCUUUAAGAUUGGAUUGAACCACCUUAGCAAGAGGUGUAACAUCCAAAGUUCUACAAAACUAAGUACAACCCACUCUCACGCCCAUUAACAUGUAUAGAAAGAAUUGUGUGCUCAAAAUACAUAGUUUCACUUAAGAGACUGUUAUUUCAGUGGUUAGAAUGGGAGAUAUUUAAGAGCUAUUUAAUAUUCUUUUUACUUGUGUGCAUUUGUUAUCUUCUUUAGAGUCAUGUAGAAGAUCCUGUAUAUAUUAGUGGGUAUCAGACCUGCAAGUGUCCCAGUAUUGGGAACACCAGCUUGCGUUUUGUAAAACAACAGUAGUUCCAAAUAAAUAUCGUCAAUUUUAAAAAAAA